UGUCGAGCGUGCAGGAGGCAAACGGAUAUCAUUUACCGGUCAUUAUAGCGAUUUAGCGUCAUUCAGGAAGGAAAAAGGCUAAACAAUCUUCAAAACACUUGCUUCGAAUCGACGUCACUUCCGGUGUUGACACCGAAGAAGAGGAUAGAGACUUAGAGGAAGAGAGCGCUGCCUACGUGAACUAUUAUCUGUCUGAUGGUAAUCGUCUGUGGCGACCAAGACACAGAAAACAGACACUGACGGCGAACGAAGAGAUUUUCAAAAGCUUUACAUUUAAGCGAUAUCUGCCAGAUACCGGAAAUAACAUUUCUAACAAUCCCUACGAACCUCCGCUACAGGUAAAAGGUCAAUACUGUUUUGAAAAUCAAUUCCAACCUGUAGUUACAUCAACUGAUAUUCCCGAUUCAAAUGUAGUUCCGUUUACCAACAUGGCAGACAUUCAAGGACUCUCUUUUAGCAAAGUAAACCCAGCUUUUACAGACAGUGACGAGAAGUCAUCAAAUUUCUCAUCGAAACCAACGAUAUCAAAAGAUGUUAAAGAUGUAAAGAUUGAUCUGGACGAUAUAUCUGUGAAGCAGGGUGUGCGAAAUAGUAACAACGGUGUAUUUAGCGAGAAAACAACACAGAGCGAGAACAAUAUAAAACAUACAACCAAAACCCCGCCCACUGCCCAUAUAUCACCGAUUAUCAUCCCCUCACAGCCCGGCGGUGAUGAUGGGGAUAGUAUUGCCAUCUCCAUCACCGACGAACACGGUCAAGGUCAACUUGUGGACAACAUCAGGACCUCAGUGUCAUCGCCGCCUGACGAGAACGAUCCAGCGGGGAUGGGAGGAGUUCCGAACGGAUCUAGAGAUGAACCAAACGAAGCAAAUGGGCCUCAAUUCAGAGAAAAGCCGGUAGAGCAUAAAAGUGAAGAAGACGUGAAAUGGCUGUCGUGGAUAGAACGCCAGUUCACAACCAUCGCUGGGGAGGAUGGGGAAAUCAGUCUCGGGGAGUUCAAGGACGCUCUCAAAGUCAGAAGGUCAUUUUUCGCCGAGCGAUUUUUCGCCCUUUUCGACCAGGAUCACAGUGGGUCUAUAGAGUUACACGAGUUACUAGACGGACUGCGCACGCUCACAAAAGGAACGCCCGCUCAGAAACUCAAGUUUCUGUUUGACGUAUAUGACGUAGACGGAAGUGGAACGAUUGACAGGGAAGAACUAAAGACCGUGCUGAUGUCCUGUACCGAGGAGAGUUCUCUCUCCAUCAGCGAGGAAAACAUGGACGCCCUUACCGAUAUCCUGUUUGACUCGGCCGACGAAGACUGCAGUGGCGCCAUCUCGUUUGAGGAACUGAAAGCGGAACUAGAGAAACAUCCGGGUGUUUUGGAGAAUCUAACAAUAAGUGCGGCACAGUGGCUAAAACCUCCUACCAAAACGAAGAACAAUUCAAAAACGCGAUACUUUACGUACGCCUACCUUCGGAACAACCUCAAGAAAGUAGUGUUCUUAAUACUGUACUUCAUGGUCAACAUCGCGCUUGGAGCCUACGCCGCGUACAGCUAUCGGAACUCUAAUGGAUUUACCAUCGUGGCGCGUAUAUGUGGAAUGAACCUGAACUUUAAUUGUGUGUUUAUACUCGUGUUGAUGCUGAGGAAGUCCAUCACGUAUCUACUGAUGACCAGGGUGGCCAAGAUCUUGCCGCUCGAACAGAACAUUCUAUUUCAUAAAAUGGUGGGAUGGAUGAUAGGAUUUUACGCCAUCUUACAUUCCUUAGCUCACGUGGGCAAUGCAAUUCUGCUUGACAAAUCUAAGCCCGACCUUGCACUAUGGGAGAUUCUGUUUACUACCCGGGCUGGCUUCGGGUGGGUGUACGGUACUGCCAUUUUGACCGGAUGGGCACUGGACCUUACUCUCAUAAUAAUGAUAAUCUGCUCACUAGAGUUCGUCCGGAGAGGCGGUCAUUUCCAGGUAUUUUACAAUACGCACAUGCUAUACCUAUUAUUCUGGAUCCUGCUGCUCAUACACGGAUCGAAUUUCUGGAAAUGGUUCGUAGGACCCGGAGUGAUAUUUAUCAUUGAGAAAUUUUCACGGUCGAAACUGAUCAAGAAGGCCAGAUACGGGAACACCUAUAUAGAGGAGGUGAACCUCUUACCGUCCGGGGUGACACAUUUGGUGAUUUCCCGCCCGGACAACUUCUCGUACAAAGCGGGAGACUACGUGUUUAUACAGAUACCGGCUAUAGCGAAGCAGGAGUGGCAUCCGUUCACCAUCAGCAGUGCCCCGGAAAUGAAAGGACAUAUAUGGCUGCACGUGCGAUCUGCUGGACAUUGGACCAACAAGUGUUACAAGCACUUUGAGAACUUGGACCCUGAGCUCGAGAAGGGUAAGACCGUGGUUCGAGUUCCACUCCAGAAACGUAAAUCACGGCACAUAGGCAUAGAAGGAAAAAUCAAGAUGACGCCAAUGGAGAAUAUUGAGUUAGAACUGGAAGAAGAAUCACGACUGAGGAGGAAGGAGAAAAAGAAAAUUGUCCGCGUUCGGUGUUUCAUAGAUGGUCCGUACGGAACUGCUACUCGGGAGAUUUAUGAAACAGAGCACGCCGUACUGGUGGGGGCUGGGAUAGGAAUCACACCCAUGGCGUCUAUCCUACAGAGCGUCAUGUACCGCUAUAAAGCAUCACUUCUCAACUGUCCUCACUGUCAUAAAAAUUUCUACGGAGAAAUCCCAGACACUACCAUGAAGCUCCGAAAGAUUGACUUUGUAUGGGUGAAUCGGGACCAAAAAUCCUUUGAGUGGUUUGUGUCGUUAUUGACACAGUUAGAGAUUGACCAGGCUGAGAUAGAGACAAAUGGGGGAGCAGAGGGCGCUAAACGGAUCCUAGACAUGCACAUGUUUAUGACGGCUGCGCAGAAGAAAACGGAUAUGAAAGGUAUUGGCCUACAGAUGGCGCUGGAUCUGAUGCACAAGAAGGAGAAUAAGGACAUGAUAACAGGUCUCCGCACUAAAACGGAACCAGGGAGGCCCAACUGGGGGAAGUUGUUUGCAAAGAUAAUCCAGGAGAAUCGUGGAAAAAUCAAAGUUUUCUUUUGUGGGGCACCAGCUCUUGGAAAGACGAUAAAAGAAGAAUGUGGAAAACUGAAGAUAGGAUUCUCCAAAGAGAAUUUCUAAAAUGGAAAAUUACAGUGAU